AGAGACGGGGAGAGACUUGUUGUUAGUUUUCCAUUAAAAAAUUAAUACUUAAGUUCGGAAAACACAGACAGAUUGAAAUAGCUGCGUUGUCUAUGUUCAUUAUAGGUUAGUUUUGCGGACUUGGGAGGCACAUGCGACUGACAGUUUAUGGUCUGUGAAGUGAAAGUAAAUUUGAUCAGACGUGGAAUUUAGGAGGAAAUGGCUUCAAAGACAGAGGAGGAUUACUGCUGUCCUGUGUGCUGUGACAUCUACAAGGAUCCUGCCAUCAUGUCGUGUAGUCACAGUGUGUGUAAAGUCUGUCUGCAGCAGUUCUGGAAAACCAAAGGGUCCAGAGAGUGUCCAGUCUGCAGGAGGAAAUCUUCUAAGGAUUACCCGCCCCCAAAUCUGGCUCUAAGGAACCUGUGUGAGGCGUUCCUAGAGGAGAGAAGUCAGAGAGCUUCAGCAGGGUCUGAGGUGCUCUGCAGUCUGCACAGUGAGAAACUCAAGCUCUUCUGUCUGGAGGAUAAACAGCCUGUGUGUUUUGUGUGUCAGGCAUCUAAGAAACAUAAAAAUCACACAUUUAGUCCCAUAGAUGAAGCAGCACAGGACCGUAAGGAGGAGCUCAAGAUCCAACUGCAGCCCUUACAGAAGAAACUGGAGACCUUUGAAGAAGUUAAACUCAUCUGUGACCAAACAGCAGCACAUAUUAAGACUCAGGCCCAACACACAGAGAAGCAAAUCAAGGAGGAGUUUGAGAAUCUUCACCAGUUUCUACGAGAUGAAGAGGCAGCCAGGAUAGCUGCACUGAGGGAGGAAGAGGAGCAGAAGAGUCAGAUGAUGAAGGAGAAGAUUGAGAAGAUGAGCAGAGAGAUCUCAUCUCUUUCAGACACUAUCAGAGCCAUAGAAGAGAAGAUGGGAGCUGAUGACAUCACAUUCCUGCAGAUCUACAAGAGCACAGUGGAAAGAGCCCAGUGCACACUUCAGGAUCCAGAGAGGGUUUCAGGAGCUCUGAUCAAUGUGGCAAAGCACCUGGGCAACCUGAAGUUCAGAGUCUGGGAGAAGAUGCAGGGUGUGGUUCAGUACACUCCUGUGACUCUGGAUCCCAACACUGCACACCCACAACUCAUCCUGUCUGAGGAUCUGACCAGUGUGAGACUUGGUGAUGAGAAGCAGCAGCUUCCUGAUAACCCAGAGAGAUUUGAUAUGUAUGCCAGUGUCCUGGGCUCUGAGGGCUUUAACUCAGGGACUCACUGCUGGGAUGUGGAGGUUGGAGAGAACACACGGUGGAAUGUGGGUGUGAAGGCAGAGUCAGCCCAGAGGAAGGGAGCAUAUGGCUAUGUGAGUGGAGAGUGGUGUGUGUGGUAUAAAGAUGGUGAAUAUGGAGCAUGGGCUCCACCACAGCCCUCCACUCUCCUCACAGUGCAGCAGAAACUCCAGAGGAUCAGAGUGCAGCUGGACUGGGACAGAGGAGAGCUGUCAUUCUCUGACCCUGAUAAUAACACACACCUACACACUCUCACACACACUUUCACUGAGAGAGUGUUUCCAUACUUUAAUACUGGUGAAUUUCCUCUGAGUAUUGUAGCAGUGAAGGCCUCUAUGUCAGUGGAGCAGUCCAGUUAGAGCAGAAACUGUCUCUGUCUGAACAAGAGCCCACAUGCAGAGAUGGAUGGAGACAUGUGGGGUUCAGUCAUGAAUCACUCACACAGUAACUGCAGUCAAUCUGAUAUCUGACAUGUGAGGCAUCGUCUUCUGGGUACUUUCAUUUAGUGUUUCUUUCAUGUUGAAUAUCCUCUAAAAUAAUUGCUGGUGUUUUGCCAUUUAUUACUCUAUGACAGUGUUUCUAUGUUGCAGAUUUGUUGCAUGCAGGCAUUUUGAUGAUGUUUUUGCUGUGUUGUCCAUUUAAGUUUUUCUAUACUGCUGCCACAAGCACAUUACAAUAUCACCACUGCAGUGAAUCUAAUAUCUGUUCUGUUCUGUGAGGCAUCGUCUUCCGGGUACUUGUUUUUAGAAUCCUCUGAAAUUAUUGCUGAUUUUAUAUCAUUUAUUACACUAUGAUGGUUUGUUAUCCAGGUCUGUGUUUCUACACUGCUGCCACAGCACAUCAAAAUAUCAGUUCAGUAAAUGAUGUGGACAGUUCUGCUGGGUCUCCUUUUUAGAAAAAGUUCUUUUUAGAACUUAGCUCAUUUAGAGGGUCAUUUGGUGGCCAUUGUUGGAAGCUCCUCACCUGUAAGGUUUCCAGUAGCAGAGCAGCAACACAGCACAGGUGCAGCUGGUUCUGCUGCUGUCUGAUCUGAGGUCAGAAAUGCUGGAGAUUAAACAGCACUAUAGAGACUGAGAGCACUGCAGUAAACACAAACUCCUGCACCACUGAACUCUGAUCAUCAUGCACAUGAAAUAAAGAGUCAUUCUGAUGAGAUGUA